UUCAGCUGUUUGUAUCUUCUGACAAACUUAGAAAUUGCAUUUCAUUGUAUCAUACAUAUAAAAUCUCCAUAUUUAUAUAAAAAAUUUUAAUAUUUCUAGCACAAGCCUGUAUUUUUCUAUCCCUUUCUCUCUCUCUCUCUCUCUCUCUCUCUCUCUCUCUCAAAAAGUUCUUUGUUUCUCAUCAAAGGGUGCCUGGCUGCAUCAUUUGAUUUGAAAAAAAAAAAGGGAGGGUCAAAUCAGAAGAAGUUCUCCUGUUUUGAUCAAUUCGCAGUGGGGAAGUUGCAGAGAGAUUUUGAGUCUGACAGAGAGCUUUCUCUCUAUAUCUGUUUGUGAAGGGACUGAUAAAUCCCUUGGAUAGAUAUAUAGAUCAUACCAUACUUAUACAUGAUAUAGUGCCAAGAUGAUGAUGAAGCACGUGCGUACUCAUCAGAUUUCCAUCACACCACCACCAGGAUUUAUCUGAGAGAACCACAAGACCCUCAAGCGUACAAAUCAAAGUCCCUCUGAAUUUUCCUAUACCCAGUUAUAUAUACCAGCAAUUGCUUAAUGGGUUGAUUUACAAACUCAGAUUCAUAUAUAGAAAAAGUGAAGUGAAGGAUUCAAAGGGGAUAAAUAUAUUUUUCAAAGAUCGAUGGCGACGUACUUUCAUGGAAACUCGGAAAUCCAAGCAGCUGAUGGAUUACAGACACUUGUACUAAUGAACCCUGCUGGCUACGUCCCUUACUCCGACACACCACCGCCGCCUCCGACAGCUGCCAGCAACCUUAUCUUCCUCAAUUCACCCAACUCACUCACCCACCCUCCCGCAAAUCUCACCCACGCGCCUCAAUCUCACACCCAGCAGUUCGUCGGUAUUCCGCUUCCGUCCACCGCCUCCUCUCAAGACCCCCACUCCCAAUCCAUGCAUGCCCACCACCACCACGAACAACUCUCCGCCCUGCAUGGCUUGAUGCCACGCCUUCAGUACAACCUUUGGAACUCCAUUGACCCUUCGACGGCGGCGCGUGAGACACCACGCGCUCAGCAGGGUCUGUCUUUAAGCCUGUCGUCGCAGCAGCCAGGGUACGGUUCGUUCCGUGGUGGUGACCGUGAAGUUGCUGCGCCGCAGAGUCAGGCGCAGGCCAUUUCGGGCGAAGACAUGCGGGUUUCGGGCGGGUCGGCCUCGUCGGUUUCGGGUGUGACCAAUGGCGUUUCGGGUAUGCAGAGCGUGUUACUGAGCUCCAAGUACUUGAAAGCGGCUCAGGAGCUUCUUGACGAAGUCGUCAACGUCGGUAACGGAAUCAGAACUGAAACGUCGAAGAAGAAUGGCGGACAGCAGAGCAAGAUUAUGGGCGGGGAAUCUUUGGCCGCCGUUAGCUGUGACGGCUCGGUCGGCGGCGAAGGAAGCGGGAAGAGAGCGGCGGAUCUAAGCACCGCAGAGAGGCAGGAGAUUCAGAUGAAGAAGGCCAAGUUGAUUAGCAUGCUUGAUGAGGUGGACCAGAGGUACAGACAGUAUCACCAGCAGAUGCAGAUCGUGAUUUCGUCGUUUGAGCAAGCAGCAGGAAUAGGGUCGGCGAGAACAUACACGGCUCUAGCACUUCAGACAAUCUCAAAGCAAUUUCGUUGCUUGAAAGACGCCAUUACAGGGCAAAUUCGAGCUGCAAACAAGAGCUUAGGAGAAGAAGAUUGCUUGGGAGGCAAAAUUGAAGGUUCAAGGCUCAAAUAUGUGGACCAUCACCUUAGACAGCAACGAGCCCUCCAACAGUUGGGAAUGAUCCAGCAAAACGCUUGGAGACCCCAGAGAGGACUGCCCGAAAGAUCUGUUUCUGUUCUUCGUGCUUGGCUUUUCGAACACUUCCUCCACCCAUAUCCCAAGGACUCAGACAAGCACAUGCUUGCUAAGCAAACGGGGCUUACUAGGAGCCAGGUAUCUAAUUGGUUUAUAAAUGCUCGAGUUCGGCUCUGGAAGCCAAUGGUGGAGGAAAUGUACCUGGAGGAGAUCAAGGAGCAAGAACAGAAUGGAUCGGCUGACAAAUUGAGCAAGAGCAAUGAGGAUUCAGGAUCAAAAUCCACAGCUCCACAAGAGAAAAGUACCACCGAAAAUCAAACUACCAGUUUCAAUUCCAAGCAAGAGAAUUCCACAACUCAGAAUGGUCCUCCAGGAAUUUCAAUUUCCACACCUUCAACAUCUCCUACUGGAGGAAAUGCUAGGAACCAUUCUGGGUUCAGCCUCAUUGGUUCAUCAGCAUUGGAAGGUAUAGGUAUUGCUCAAGGUAGUCCAAAGAAACCAAGGAGCACUGAAAUGCUUCACUCCCCAAAUGGUGUCCCAUCUAUUGGCAUGGAUAUCAAGCCUGGAGAGGUAAACAAUGACCAAAUUUCUAUUAAGUUUGGGGAUGAGAGGCAGAGCAGAGAUGGGUAUUCAUUCAUGGGAAGCCAAACCAACUUUAUUGGAGGUUUUGGGCAAUACCCAAUCGGGGAAAUUGGCAGGUUUGAUGCAGAGCAAUUCACACCAAGGUUCUCAGGCAAUGGUGUUUCACUUACUCUUGGUCUCCCUCACUGUGAAAACCUAUCCUUAUCAGGAGCACAUCAAAGUUUUCUUCCCAACCAAAACAUUCAAUUGGGAAGGAGAGUAGACAUUGGUGAAGCCAAUGAAUUUGGUUCCCUGAACACUCCCACUCCUCACUCCUCGGCUGCAUUCGAAAACAUCAAUAUUCAGAACCGAAAGAGGUUCGCAGCGCAAUUGUUGCCCGACUUUGUGGCAUGAUGAUGAUGAUUAUGAUGAUGAUGAUGAAUAGAAUAAGACCUUGAAGAAAACUGAAACAGAGAUGGGCAUGGUUUCGGGGUCUUUCACCUCUCCAUAUUUCUUUUCUCAAUUCCCUCCAAAUAAGAGGGAAAAAGGGAAAUGCAUGGUAGUGUAAAGAAACAAGAAUUUACUUAGUAUAGGUUUAUACUUUACAUAGAAUCAUUUCAGUUGGUAGACAGCCUAGGAUUUGAGAGCAUAUGCUUGAGGAUUGUAUAUUAUUUUUGUAAGUUUUGAAGAUGGAUAGAUGGAUUGGUGUCAUAAAAUUUGGGUAAUUGGGUAUACCAAUAUAUAUUGUUUUCAGUA